GAUGCACAGGCUUCUCUUGCCUAAAGCUUCACUUCCCUCGUGUCAACGUCAAUAAUAUUUUGUUUCUCUUACAGAGUAUCAAAAACCUGAUCCAAUCCUGAAUGAAACUUACUUCCAAUACAUGGCAGACGUGAUACCCAAGAUCACUGCUCUUCCUCGUUCCUGUGUGGUGAUACCGUGCAGUUUUACUCCUGAAGAUGAACAUCUGACUCGACUUCGUGUUCGUUGGGUCAACAAAAAUGGUGGCUACAUGUAUCACACUGACCCGGUGGACGUCUUGGACAACUUUAAAGGCCGUACAAAACUCCUCGGUGACCCGGAUGAGCAGAACUGUACUCUGGAGAUGGACGAUGUACGAACUCAUGACAACGGGCCGUUCUGCUUUCAAGCUGAAAAAGAAAAGGAGAAAUACAGCUUCAACAACAGCUGUGUGUUCAUUAUAAUGCGAAAAACUCCAGACAAACCUGUGAUAUCACCCCUCCCUAAUGACAUCAAACCCGGGACACCAGUCACUGUCAAAUGUUCAGUCAAACACACAUGCUCCUCUCACCCUCCUGAAAUCAUAUGGAGUGUCUCAACAGUUCGAGAAACUAUCAGCCACUAUCCCAUGGGUGGAGGUGUCUGGGAAACAGUGUCCACUGUGAACUUUAUUCUCACCGGAUACGAAGAGGAAGAUAAAAUUGUCUGCAACACCAAAUUUUGGGGUGGUAAAACACAGAGCAACAGUUCUGCCCCCCUGAGUGUUAAAAGAAUUCAAGCGGUUGAAUCUGGGCCUUAUAUCAUUGCUUCUUCACUUGUGUUCAUUCUCGUUUGCAUACUUGCUGGAGUCUUCAUUUACAGGAGGCGGCAAAGACAACCUCGUGAGGACAUAACAAGAUCUGAGCCAAGGAGAUCAGUUUGGAACAGAUUUUCAAGUCGUUUUAGCAUGCCUGACGGAAGGGCAGCUUGGUUUAAUAGUGGAAACAGGAGUGAUAUCAGAGAUGCACCUGGAAGACCACCAAAACCUGAACAAAGACGAAGCAUCUGGAGCCGAUUUUCUAGACACCAAUCACCCAGAAAUGAUACAAAUAUGAGAGCAGAAUACAAGGCAAACAACACUUGCAAUGUGUCAGAAAACAAGGCUUUCUAUAAACCUCAUAUGCCGUCACCAAACAGUCAGCGAAAAAACUGUGGUGAUUACGAUUAUGAUGCUGAUUACCCCAACCUAUAUGGAAAUGUCUGAUGAAAAUGUCAAUCAUUAAGGCUUAGUAAUACAAGUAAAAGCAGCAACAGAUUGCCUCGUUUCCACAUCUCAUGCCUUAUAUUUCCUUCAAUGUACCUCGGCUUGUAUUAUAUUUUAAUGUGGAUUUAUUAUUUAACAUUAUUCUGUAAUGAAUCUAUCCAAAAACUCACUCAUUUAGGACACAAAUCAAAUAACAUUUGUUUUAAAACCCUUUUUUUUAUUAAAUGUUUAGUUUGAAAAUUAUGCUUGUGCUUAAAGUAACAUGCGUGUGGCUUAAGUAUUGACAGUAAUGUGUUGUCAUAUAAUGUGAUGGCUAUACUUUUGCUUCGUGUUCAAACUGCUUAUUUAAAAUGAGUUGAAGCAACACAAUUCCUAAAGUUUUUGGGGGGCAACUUAUGUUCAGUCCACUUAAAUUUGUAAAAACAAGUAAGUUAACUUAAUCGAUUUUUGUUGUGACAACAUAAGGGAAUUGUGUGGAAGCCAGCAUUUUCUAUAUGUCUACUAGAAAGUCAAGUUGUGAAAGUAACAACAUUUCAGCAACAUUUAUGAACUUAAAUUUUCCUACAUGGAUAAAAGGCCUGCAACAUACCUCAAAAUAACCUAGAAAUAGAGAUGCUAGUUUGUUUUUGACCCAGAUUCAACUCAUUUAACAUAUCAGCUACAUUUAUGAAGCGAUUUUUUUUUUGAGCUGCAAUAAACUUCCAAAAGUCUCAGCUGAUAAAUAGAGUUGGUCUGGUGAAAAUGCUUUUGGGGAGUGAAAAUAAAUGCCUUUUGGAGAAAACAUGUUUUUUGUUACAUAUUCAAGAUUGUUUUUUAAUUAGCAAGUACAGUUUAAUGUUUUAUUCUCAUGUCAUCCAUACUUUAUUAAGAAGUUUGACAAAUGCAACUGACAGAAGCUACUAUCUUAAAUGCUAAGCAGACCUUUGGAGAACCAAAAGGCAUUCUUCUAUGACGUUACUGCCAAUACCCCUUUUACAACCAUUUCACAAAGGAUGUAUAAUGUGUUGCUUGUAUAUUGCAAUGGUGUACAGAUGCAAUGAUCAGAUGUCUAUAUUCAGCAUUGAUGUGAGAGCAGAAUCUUCCAUUUGUUCAUAAGCUCCCACACAUUUACUUUUAAAUAGAGUUGCAAAUGUUUCAGCAGCUUGUGUUUGAAUACAUUGUUGUUCAU